AUGCGUUUCUUGAUGCCACCCUUUGCUUUCGCUUUGACGAUAACAGCGAUUGUCUCUUUGACAAGUGCGCAGACAUUCACGCUCACCUGCUACGACGGGACAAACUGCAGCAACGAAGCGAUCACCGACUGCGAGGGAUUCAAUUCGGGAGAGUGCUGCAACUGUGCCACAGACGACCAAGGUGAUCCUCUGGAUCCAUCCAACGCGGUCGAAAGCCUUACCCGACGUCGCGAGCGAUCCGCCUCCGGCCAUUUCAUCUUGACUGGCGUCGUUGGAGUGUACAACAUGGACCCCCAGAAACGCAGUCUUUGCGCGGACGACGCCGUUGGUCCUGAGCCUAGACGCAACUACCUCGCGAGCGAGCCAACGACGGAUGGCAACAUGAUUGUCUACCGAUUGCGAAUGGGCACUGAAAAAGCAAAGGCCUACAAAGCUUUGCCUCGGCAAGAACGAAGACAGUUCAUCAUCGACAACUACGACGAAAAGAUCGUCCGUCCGCCUUUCAACUCGCAUCCGGCCUGA